GCUUGUGGAAUACGUGACAGAAGGCAACACACAUACAGUUGCUUCUAUAUACUGAUGUCCUGAUCUUAACAGCUCGGUAACAAAAUGGUUCCAGGAGGUCUACUUCUUUUCUGUGCAAGUUUGCUUGUCGCUGCACCCUCGAUAUGCCAAGGAGCAUGUUCCAUCAAUUCUUACUGCUCAGACUGUGCCAAUUAUACUGAAGAAGGACAUACAAAAUGGAGAUUCUAUUGCAACCCUUACAGCGGAUACUAUAUAGAUCCUUCACACUUUACGGUUACUAACGAUACGGUUGAAUUAUUUCAAGUCAAAUAUUUUUCGUCAAGUUCUAAACUUAGCAUCUACAGUGGAGCUUUCCGAUAUAUCCCUAAUAUCGUACAUGCAGACAUAAGGAACACGCGAAGCACCAAUCCUUCUAUAAGUUCAAGAGCUUUCUAUUACGGUGUACAGAACAGCCUGCGAGCUUUGUUGUUCCGGAGCUCCUACCUUACCACCGUCCCCUCUGCCUUGACACAUCUAACGGCUUUACAGGAGCUGGAUCUUGGAGGAAACAGAAUAACUGGUGACCCAUAUAACUAUCUAAGUUACCUGACAUCGCUCCAGUCGCUGUGGCUUGACAACAACCGUCUAUUGAGUAGUGUCCCAGCAUCGUUAGAGCGCCUACCCAAUCUCCGGAAAUUGUCACUCGCAAGCUGCUAUUUAAACCGGAGUUCUCUAACGUCAUUCCGCCAGCUACCCAGGUCCUUAGAGUGGCUGAACGUUUAUAAUAAUUACCAACUUGCUGAAGUACCUUCUGGCAUUGGCUUGCUUCGAAACUUGACCUAUCUAAACAUGAGAUACUGUAAUCUGAACUCUCUGCCGGUCAAUGUCUUCGCCAAUUUGAACAAGCUGGAGGUCCUAGAUCUUAGUCAAAACCCCAGUAUUACUUCAUAUCUUGAUGCUCUUGCCAAUCAAAAGUCGUUGAAAGUUCUUAGUCUUUCCAACAUGGGUUCUUCUUUAACAGACAUACCUAGUGCAAUAUCUGGCAUGGAAAAGAUGGAAGAACUUGACUUAAACAAUAAUAGAAUACGAGGAGUAAAUCAUAACCAUUUUGCUAAAAUGGUACAGUUAAGGAAACUCAAUCUGGCCAACAAUAAAAUAACUUCUCUUGACCCGCUGUCAUUCCAAUAUUGUGUCCAGCUGGAAGAACUGGAAUUUAGUUAUAACCUGAUACAGGAAGUCAACCCAAUCCAUUUUGUUGCACAGGUACGGUUGAGAAAGAUCAAUCUGAGUUACAAUAGGAUCCACUCCCUUGGUCCACGGUUGUUUCAAAAUUGCAAAAACUUGAAGUAUGUUGACUUUUCGAACAACUUAAUCACCAAAAUGGAUCAAAAUGUAUUUAUCGGUCCGUCACAAUCCCUGAGGUAUGUCGACCUGCGCAAUAAUAAAUGUGACACGUUUCACAAGUGUAUAGUUGCAAAACUAGAGCAAUUUCAAACAUUCUACUUCUCCACCGCAUUUUUUAAUUGCGAUUGCCGUUUAGCCUGGGUCCGACAAAUUACCAACCAAUACGGUUCCAGGGUAUCUGUCAGUGGAGCGUGCUAUCGCCCAAGGGAGCUUUACAGUGAGCCAGUGUCCUCAUAUCCGCUAAAUGGUUGCACACCUGACGACGAAAGUUUUGAAAGUUGCAACAUUGCCUCGACCACGAACAACCCCGAUACAGAGAUGGAACCCACGCCUACUAGCAAGGCUUUGUACCACUCGCUCGUCAAUUCAGCCCAAAAAUCAAGUCUGAAUAAAGACCUCCGAAGCGUUCAAACUAUCACGACUGUGUCUGUAUCUGUCGCCGUUAUCGCCAUUGUGGCAUUCCUCGCUACUCUCGUAGUAUUGUUGACAUGCUUCUUCAGGCAACGAAACCAAGUGAGCAGGAGGAGCCAGGAUCACGUCAAUCAAGGUCUCCAGCUAUCGGAGGGGGUCCAGGGUGAACGGUCACCUGAAGGUCAAUGUUCUGGAGAAAACUUGUAUCAGAACACGGAUGGGAUGGUUAGCAGCGCCCCCAGUGGCGCCUAUGAGCCUCUGAGGAAAGAUGGGCAGGGUUUGACACAACAUAGAGGCCAUUACGCCUCCUCUCCUGUAGUUCAUAAGCACUGGACGCAGAAAUCUUCCCUGAAAACUUCCACAGGAAGCGACCCCUUUGCUCCGGCGAAUAUUGCUUUACCAGCGCCGCCUAUUGUUGAUCGGGACAGUGCUAGACUGACCGUGAACACGGGUAACAGAAUGGUCCCCGGAGGUCUCUUUCUUUUCUGUGCAAGUUUGCUUGUCGCUACACCCUCAAUAUGCCAAGGUGCCUGUUCCAUCAAUUCUUACUGCUCAGACUGUACCAAUUUUACUGAGGAAGGACAAACAAAAUGGAGAUUCUACUGCGACCCUUACAGUGGAUAUUAUAUAUAUCCUUCCCACUUUACGGUUACCAACGAUACGGUUGAAUUAUUUCAAGUCAAACAAUUUUCAUCGAGUUCUACGCCUACUAUACGCAGUGGCGCUUUCCGAAAUAUCCCUAAUACCUUACGUGUAGACAUUAGGAACACGCGAAGCACCAGUCCUUCUGUGCAUUCAUUGGCUUUCUAUUACGGUGUACAGAAUAGCCUGCAAACUUUGCUAUUUCGGAGCUCCUACCUCAACGCCGUCCCCUCAGCCUUAGAAUAUCUAACGUCUCUACAGGAGCUGGACCUUGGAGGCAAUAGAAUAAGUGGUGACCCAUCAAACUAUCUUAGUUACCUGACAUCACUCCAGUCGCUAACGCUUGACAACAACCGCCUAUAUAGCAGUAUCCCAGCAUCCUUGGAGCAUCUACCCAAUCUCCAGAAAUUGUCAGUCGCAAGCUGCUACCUAAACCGGAGUUCUGUGACGUCAUUCGGCAAGCUUCCCAGGUCCUUAGAGUGGCUGAACCUUUACAACAAUUACCAACUUUAUGAAGUGCCUUCGGGUAUUGGCUUGCUUCGGAAUCUGACCUAUCUAAACAUGAGAUACUGUAAUCUGAACUCUCUGCCGGUCAACGUCUUCGCUAAUUUGAACAAACUGGAGAUCCUAGAUCUUAGUCAAAACCCCAGUAUUACUUCAUAUCUUGAUGUUCUUGUCAAUCAAAAGUCGUUGAAAGUUCUUAGACUUUCCUACAUGGGUUCUUCUUUAACAGACAUACCUAAUGCAAUAUCUGACAUGGAAAAGAUGGAAGAACUUGACUUAAAGAAUAAUAGAAUACGAGGAGUAAAUCAAAUCCAUUUUGCUAAAAUGGUACAGUUAAGGAAACUCAACCUGGCCAACAAUAAAAUAACUUCUCUUGAUCCGCUGUCAUUCCACUAUUGUGACCAGUUGGAAGAACUGGACCUUAGUAAUAACCUGAUACAGGAAGUCAACCCAAUCCAUUUUGUUACACAGACGGAACCCACGCCUGCUAGUAAAACUUUGAAUUCGGCCCAACUAUCCAGUCUCCAAAAGGACCUCAGCAACGUUCAAACUAUCACAACUGUGUCGGUAUCUGUCGCCGUUGCCGCCCUCCUGGCAUUUGUCGCUACUAUCGCUAUGUUGCUGACAUGCUUCUUCAAGCGUCGAAACCGAGUGCCCUCAAACGGGAGGAGCCAGGGUCACGUCAAUCAAGGUCUCCAGCUAUCGGAAGGGGUCCAGAGUGAAAGGUCUCCUGAAUGUCAAAGUUCUGGAGAUAAUUUGUAUCAGAACACGGAUGGGAUGGCCAGCAGCGCCCCCAGUGGCGCCUAUGAACCUCUCAGAAAAGAUGGGCGGGGUUUGACACAGCAUAGGGGCCAUUACGCCUCCUCCCCUGUAGUUCAUAAGUAA